ACCUGUUCCAAUCAACAAUGUACACCUUAACAACGCCAGUCAGAAUCUGUUUUUUUUUUUAACUAAAGAUAUUGACUAGUAGUUGUGUUCAUGUUAACUCAGUUCGCUCGAAAAAAUUUGGCUUUAUGUCGAGUGGUUUACAAAAACAAAAUGAAUAUUUUUCAAUUAAGCGAAAGGAAGCUUAGUACAAUGCUACCUUAUCAAACCUUACAUGAUAUAGUGUCUUUAAAAGAUAAAGAGAAUCUCAGAUCGCCAUCGAUGUCAUCCAGUCAUAUAAAAAGACCUAUUUAUAUGGACUAUCAGGCAACAACACCGGUUGAUAUUCGUGUUUUAGAUGCUAUGAUGCCUUUCUUAACGUGUAUGUAUGGUAACCCGCAUUCCAGAACGCAUAGUUAUGGUUGGGAAGCAGAACAUUAUGUUGAGAAAGCCCGUGAAUCUGUUGCGUCUCUUUUAAAUUGUGAAUCAAAAGAAAUAAUUUUUACUUCGGGUGCUACCGAAUCAAAUAAUCUUGCUAUCAAAGGUCUUAGUUGGUAUUUUCAUCAAAAUAAAAAAAAGAAUCAUAUCAUAACAACACAAAUCGAGCAUAAAUGCUUAUUAGCUAGCUGUCGAGAUAUACAAGAGCGUCUAAAUUGGGAUGUAACGUAUUUACCUGUAGAUCGUCAAGGCCUUGUUAAUUUAGAUCAAUUACGUGAAGCGAUACGUCCCACAACGGCGUUCGUUUCGAUUAUCUGUGUAAAUAAUGAAAUAGGGGUGCAUCAACCAAUGGAAGCUAUAGGCGAAAUAUGUCAGGAGCAUAAUAUACUUUUCCAUACAGAUGCCGCUCAAGCUUGCGGAAAGGUUCCCGUUGAUGUUAAAAAAUGUCAUAUUGAUUUAUUAUCUUUAUCGGGUCAUAAAAUUUAUGGUCCUAAAGGUGUCGGAGCACUUUAUAUUCAGAGUAAAAAACCUAGAAUAAGACUUACUCCUAUUAUUUCUGGUGGAGGUCAAGAAAAAGGUCUACGAAGUGGAACUUUACCAACCCCUUUGAUUGUCGGUUUGGGUGCAGCUUGUGGUUUAGCUGAAGAAGAAAUGUCACGGGAUUUGCGUCAUAUUUCUUCUUUAUACGAAAAACUCUACCAAGGUCUCUUUUCUAAAGUCGAAAAGUUACAAUUAAACGGAUCACAAUCCCAGCGAACAAAAACAAACCUUAAUAUUAGUUUCGAAGCUGUUGAGGGAGAGUCUUUGAUUAUGUCCCUUGAAGAUAUCGCUCUUAGUAGCGGUUCAGCCUGCACAUCAGCUUCUUUAGAGCCUUCGUAUGUUUUACGAGCGAUAGGAGUGGAUGAAGAAGUAGCUCAUACCUCGUUACGUUUCGGCUUGGGAAGAUUUACUACUGAAGAAGAAAUUAAUUUGUGUAUUAAUGCUAUUGUGAAAUCCGUUAAGAAACUGCGUGAUAUGUCUCCUUUAUGGAACAUAGAUUCAAUGAGUCAACAAAAGCCUGUGUGGACUUGAUCAUAUCAUCCUUGUAUAAAUCUUUCAAAAUUU